CGGCAAAGCUGACACAUUACAAAACCUACCGCCAAAAGCAUCAAAACAGCGAUAGCAAUGACGGAGCGGUCGAUUCGUGUCGUGGUGGCGGCCUUGGAAACUACGGGCGGCAUCGGUCUGCGCCAACAGAUCCCGUGGCACUUGCCUUCCGACAUGAAACACUUCCGUGCGCUGACGACGGCUUCUUCAGACUCUCCAGCACAGCACGCGGUCAUCAUGGGACGCAAGACGUGGGAGUCGUUGCCAGCGAAGGUUCGGCCCAUGCCCAAGCGCUACAAUGUGGUGCUGACGCGCGAUGCCAGCUACAGACAAACCCAAGGAGUACCCGAGACUGUGGGAGUAGCCACGAGCUUCCGUGAGGCCCUGGAGCUCGUGCAGCAACAGGGAGACAGAGUGGACCAGGUCUUCGUCAUCGGCGGAGGCGCCGUGUACACCGAGGCUAUGAGCUAUCCUGGUUGCACUAAGGUGCACUUCACUAGAGUCAAGGGACAAUUCGAGUGUGACGCCUUCUUCCCGUUGGAGCAACUCAAGCAGAACUUUAAGGUGACGGAGGAGUCCGACAUCAAAGAGGAGAACGGCGUGCAGUUCCAAUUCAUUGAGUGGGAGAGGAAACCUGAUGAAGUGAAACGUGUAGAAUCAACGUCGCUACUGGACAACACGGCGCCUCAUGAGGAGAUGCAGUAUCUGGACCUGAUCCGGAAGAUUCUGACACACGGAGCUAAGCGUGAAGACCGUACUGGAACGGGCACGUUGUCGGUCUUUGGAGCGCAGAUGAGGUUCAGUCUGAAGAACAAUGUCUUUCCAUUGCUGACGACCAAACGGGUGUUCUGGCGAGGUGUAGCCGAGGAGCUACUGUGGUUUAUUAGUGGAGACACAAGUGCCCACACUCUGCAGCAGAAAGAUAUUCAUAUUUGGGACGGCAAUGGAUCGCGCGAGUAUCUGGAUAGCCGAGGACUGCAGGAUCGGGAGGUUGGAGACCUUGGACCGGUUUACGGCUUCCAGUGGCGUCACUUUGGUGCCAAGUACACGGACAUGCAUGCAGACUACACUGGCCAAGGUGUGGACCAGCUAGCAGAGGUGAUUCACAAGCUGCGUACGAAUCCUACUGACCGACGGAUUGUGCUGUCGGCGUGGAACCCGGCCGAUCUCAACGAGAUGGCCCUGCCGCCUUGCCACAUGUUCUGCCAGUUCUACGUUGCCAACGGGGAAUUAUCGUGUCAGAUGUACCAGCGAUCGGCCGACAUGGGUCUUGGAGUGCCUUUCAACAUUGCCAGCUACGCGCUGCUGACACGACUGGUUGCACAAGUGACGGGACUAAAACCUGGCGAGUUCAUCCACGUUAUCGGCGACGCACACGUGUACCUGAACCAUGUGGAACCCCUUCAGAAGCAGCUUACACGCACACCACGUCCGUUCCCGACUCUCCUCGUCAAUCCUGAAAAGGUCACUAGCAUUGACGAUUUCACAUUUGCGGACUUCGAGGUGCUUGACUACCGUCCACAUGGCACAAUUAAGAUGACGAUGUCUGUUUAACCGCACGAAAGGACUCGCAUCACAUCACGGGUGCAAGUUAACCCCACUUAGAUGUGUCCCUGCAGCUACCGUCUUACCCCGCAAAUUAGACAUAGGUGUUCUAAACGUAUACAACGCUGCUCGUGUGCUCUAUUCGUUUAUAUCGCCUGUGUUAUAUAUCAAGGAUACAGUCAAUCAGAAGAACGACAUAUUGUGGGUUCUAGAAUGUUGCUAUACCGAUUAUACACUCAAUUAUUUGACGUCAGC